UGUCAAAUCCUUUACCACUUUCAUAUAGAAGUCUUUCAUUGAAAAAUUGCUGCAUUUUUUAUAUGAGCAGACAUCUCGCCUCUUUUCUAAGUAAGAUUUAUAAGCUAUCUGUACAAAAAUUAGAAUAUUCAGCUGUGUCAAGGCUACUAAAGAAUAUGGCGGAAGAUACCACGUGCAACGCAGAGCAGUUUUCAGAAGAACCACACAAGACUCAGGGGGAGAACGACGGUUUGAAGAGGUGCCUAGAUAAUGACAACACGACAGAAGAUACUGGAAAAAAGAGAAUGAAAACAGAACCUGGCGAGAAGGCUGCUGAUGAUGAGAAGAAUGAAAAAACCUCCAUACUUCCAAGAAAAAAGAAGUGUGCACUGCUUUUGUCUUAUUGUGGGGCAGGUUACAAUGGAAUGCAAAUUAAUCCUGGUGUUAAAACUAUUGAACAAGAACUGGUCAAUGCCUUGUUUAAUGCUGAAGCAAUAACUGAAGAUGGAAAAGCAAACAUGGGAAAGAUGUCCUUUCAACGAUGUGCUAGAACAGACAAAGGUGUUUCUGCCGCAAGACAAGUUGUGUCUUUAAAGAUGGUACCAUUGCAGAGUCUCUUGCCAAAGAUUAACGAGCAUCUUCCACCUGAAAUAAGAGUCAUUGCCAUGAAAAGAACAACCAGAGGCUUUGAUGCUAAAGGAAACUGCUCAGCAAGGACAUAUGAAUAUCUCACUCCGACUUUUGCUUUUGCCAAAGAUUAUCAAAGAACCACAAAUUACAGAGUGACUGAUGAGAAAAUUGACGAGGUUAAUGAGAUCCUUUCCAAGUUUGUUGGAACACAUAAUUAUCACAAUUUUACAUCAGGCAAGAGGUUUAAUGAUGCCAGUGCUCACAGAUAUAUCAUGAAGUUCAAGUGUGGUAAACCUUUUGAGGAAAGCGGAAAAGAAUUCAUCACGAUUUCUGUUAAAGGACAAAGUUUCAUGCUCCAUCAGAUACGGAAAAUGAUUGGCCUCGUCUUGGCGAUCGUUCGAGGUGUGGCUCCUGUUAGUACAAUAGAACUGGCCAGGAAAGAGAAAAAGGUUGACAUCCCGAAAGCCCCUGCGGUUGGACUGGUUCUUGACGAGGUCCACUUCGAUGCCUACAACCGUCGCUAUGGCUCUGACGGGCUACACGAGACGUUAGAAUGGGAUGACAACGAGGAGGAAAUACAGAAGUUUAAACACCAAUAUAUCUACAAACAUAUUAUCGACACAGAGGCUCGGGAACAUUCAAUGAUGAAGUGGCUUAGGUCUUUACCAGACCAUACUUACACGGACGAGAGAAUGGAGGAGAUUGGCACUAAAAAAGACACCAAUAUCGCCAAACAAAACACAACUGAUUCAAACAACGCUGUACCUCAUGACCACUCUGGUAAUCAGGGGGAGAGUAGCGAUACAAAACAGAUUACCGAGAGAGGGGAUAGUGACAAGAAGGAAGAUGCUGAGGCAACAGUUGUUUAAGAAUAAAUGCAAUCGUCACGGUUGUUGGGGAAGCAAAUGUUGUAUAAUUUUAAGAAAAACAAUUAA